GCCUGCGUCGCUCGAUUGGUCGAGAGCCUGGGAUGGUCCUGCGCAGCCGCGGAACGGGAAAGAAAGAAAGAAAAGCCACGCCCGUCGCUGGGCGCGCGCAUGCUCGCUGACGACGGUUGAAACAGGGACUGGGGCAGCAGGUUUGGAGGCGGCGUUGACGCCUCUGGAGGAGCCGCGAAGAUGGACGAGCUCCAGUCUGCCGAGGAGACUGCCUUUAUUGUGGAUGAAGUGAGCAACAUUAUAAAAGAGGCCAUUGAAGGGACAAUAGGUGGCAAUGCAUACCAGCACAGCAAAGUGAAUCAAUGGACUACAAGUGUUGUGGAGCAAAUUUUAAGCCAGCUGACAAAGCUGGGGAAGCCAUUUAAAUAUGUUGUGACGUGUGUGAUUAUGCAAAAGAAUGGUGCAGGUCUUCAUACAGCAAGUUCUUGUUUCUGGGACAACUCUGCAGAUGGAACCUGCACUGUGAGAUGGGAAAACAAGACUAUGUACUGUAUUGUCAGUGCCUUUGGACUUGCAAUAUGAUUGCCUUGGAAUUCUUCAGCCUUUGUGUCAUCACUUCCAUUUCAUAAAUCCACUAAAACUGUGAA